AAUUCAAACUCUGUUGGCACGAACUGAUCGGAAUUGUCAACAUUGCUGUAUUUAAAACUCAAAAUUUCAAAUUUUAACUUUGAAUCAGUUUGAAUCUACAUAAAUGUGAACCAAGGAGAAGCUCGAUCGUCAAUUCGUGUCCACUACACGGUUCGACAUGUCCUGCUUUCUCUGUUUGAGGGAAUUCGCCAACCCCAUGGGCGACGAUCCAUCGCCAAACAAUGAGCCUAGAAAAAUACAAAUAUCGGCCCUUUGUCAAUUACUGCUGGCGUCGUGUUCACCACACAAAAGUAUAAUUUCUCAUCAAAAUGUAACCCAUCAAUUUGAAGAGGAUGACGAGACGUGUACGCUUUGCGCGACUUGCGCCCCCGUGAUACAUGAAGUGGAAGAAAUUCGGUGUCAAAUGUCCAAACUUGAGGACCGAAUUAGGAGAAAAGUUAGUCAAAUUCGGGACACAAUUUCAUCUUCUGGACAGCAUCGGAGGGAUGAGAAGAUUAUGAAGAUGAGGGACGUCAUUCUUCGUGUGAUAGAUUCUCAGGAUGGCGAAGGAAACGAUAACUCUAUAUCAUCGGACGAAUUCAAAGUUAAAGUAGAACAAGAGGAAUUCGAUGACGACAUCAUGCCGCGUGCAGAUGAGGACGAGCAACUUUUAAACGACUAUUCUUGCGCAUCGAUACCAUUCGAGACAGAAUCCGAGGAGGAAAAUCAACUAAAAAACGAUCCCCUUCAACUAGACGAGGAUGACGACGAUUCCGCAUUUUGUAUCGUUCCCUCUUCCCUUAAAAAACAAAGAUCUGCAAAAGUAAAAAGUCGACAGUUUGCUAAAAUUAAAACGAGGUCAACACCUUUACGAAAUAAACGAAAAGCAGGAAAUUCUCCCAUGGAAAAAGAAGACGAAUUCAAAUUGCCAAAACGUAUCAAAAAAGAGCUUCGACUUCGACCCAGCCUCGAAAAGACGAGAUCUUCACCUCGCACUUGGGCUCAAAAAGAUGGCCCACCUCUAUCAAAAGUAACAACUAGCAAGAAGAAGGCGACCCCACCACCUGAUGAUCUCAUUUCGGCCUCUCCUAAAUCUGAACACAACGAUGAAGAUUUGGCUCCUAAAUCUGAAGAUGAAAAUUCCGACGUGGAUAAAAACUCUGACACCGAAGUUGUCCGGUCCAAACGCCACCCUCGUCACCUGCCCCACAAAUGUACCUCCUGUGCCAAAUCUUACUCUACCGAGGCAGCACUGACAUACCAUAUGGCACGCGGCCAUCAAUUCCCUUGUCCCGCUUGUCCCGUCAAACUGGACUUUCAGCGGUCACUCAACUCCCAUUUGAAGCGAUACCACCCUAACUUUGUCCCACAUCAGUGUUCCCUCUGCAGAAACAAAUACCAACGAAAAUCCGCCCUCGAAGCCCACAUGGUCAUGCGGCACGAAAUAGGGGAGAAGAAAUUCUCCUGUGUCAAAUGCGAGAAGAGUUUCUGCCUCGUCGAAAACUUGGAGAGACAUUUGAAACUGCAUGACCUCGAAGAGGUCAAACCACUCGUAUGCGACAUCUGCGACUCUCGGUUUGAGGACGACGCGCGUUUGAGUAAACACGUCGCGACGCACGAUACAAAAAAGUUUGUGUGUGACUAUUGUGGAUUUGGCUGUUCUUUUAGGCAAGGCCUGGAAAGACAUGUACGAACCCACACUGGUGAAAAGCCCGAAAAAUGUGACCAAUGCAAGGAGUCCUUUAUCGACAAGUACAGUCUACAAAAUCACGUUGUCAAGGACCACUCUGGCAAAAAAGGGUACGUCUGUCACAUUUGUGGUAAAGACUUCUUCCUCAAGCUCCGCCUCAGGGUGCAUCUCGAGAAGCACGAAGGCACCAAGAAAGUCGGGUGUGAUACAUGCGGAGAAAAAUUUAUCGACUAUUACAGCUUCCAAUCGCACCGUAUCAAAGUGCAUGGUGCAGACCCGUUCGUUUGCGACGAGUGUGGGGCAACCUUCAUCUCAUCGGGUGGACUAAGAAUGCACAAGAUUGCCCACGCUGGAGUAAGACAGUACAAAUGCGAUCUUUGUGAAGCCAGUUUUGUCCGAAAAUCGGUCCUGGACAAACACCUGAAGACUCACUCCAAAGAGCGACCGUUCCCUUGCCCCCACUGCGAGAAGGCGUUCAAAGUCAAGCCACAUUUAACCGCUCACGUCCAACGGCUACACACGCCUGGAUACGAACCCCCCAUCCGGCAUCCAUGCCCCCACUGUGACAAGGGCUACCCAACCAACUGCUUCCUCCAGGCGCAUAUCCGUCAAGUCCACACGGGCGAGCGGCCGUUCGUCUGCGACCAAACCGGGUGUGGAAAAGGGUUCGCGAAAAAGACGUCGCUCUACUUGCACUUGAAAGGUCACCAUGGUCUCAUAAUGGAGAGAAAGUGUAAGGAUGCACUGUCAAAGGGGAAGAGGGAUGAGCUUCCUCAGAUUUAAUCGUGUAUUGAUUUUGUGUAAACGAUGCAGUUUGUUUGGCAGGUCAGGAAAUCAAUAUAAAUAUUUAUGGUUUUCUGUAUUUGCAUUUCCCUUAUCUAAGUGUUAAAGUCAACAGGCUUGUACUUUUUAUUAUAAGUAUCUAUGUAAAUCUGAUAUGAAAAUGAAACCAUAUAUUUUAGUAGAAUAAAAACCUGCUUGAUGAAAGGUGCUUCAAGCUUAAUAUGAAAUUUAAUGAAUUAUUUAUUGUGGAAGUCGGCUCAAUUUUGAACUUGAAUAGUAUGACAUGAAAAGGAAUAUGUACUUUUUUGGCAAUCAAUAAAUCAUCACAUUCUAAAAAUGUUGAUGCCAAUUAAUUCAUUGCAAUCAAUAAAUAAAUAAGAUUUCGUUUAUCCGUCGUUUCGUUUAUUUUAAUAUACUUUUUAUGUACCAGGAAACGUGAAAUGUACAUAUUUUUAUGCGGAGAAAUAUUUAAAUAUACAUAAAUAAAUUAAUGUAUGUAUUUAAGAAAAAUAAUCGUAUCAAAGGUACAAAAACAAAUGUCAAAAGCUAUAAAUUGGUGAAUUAAUCCUCAGUUUAAAAACUUUACCAAAUUCAGUCAUUCCUAACUUGUAAGAACUUAUCGCGAAUAAUAAAUUAUAAA